AUGGUGUUUUUUGUGGAAUGGGCGCUGUGGGCGAAAAUGUGUUUUGUUCUUGUGCUUAUAUAUGGUAGCGGCGUGCACAUCUACAACUCCCUAAUGCUCAAAAAGUUCACUGCUGCCGCAGCCAUAACUAGACCUAAACCGGAAAUGGUCGAGGCGGGUAGCGAAGAAAUACCCUUCGGGUCCAGGGCGAUAGAAAGCGGGAUCGAGAUAGAAGGAAUUUGGAUAUCAAGCCAUAAUACCCCUGUUGGCACACCUAGACGGGUAUCAUAUUCUGAUGCCGGCAGAACUGCAAGUGCAGAGUCUAAAUCGAUCAUCAUCCUUCCUCCUCCCCCUCCCCUUUCAAACGGGCCCAAUCUCCUAUCGCCAAAAGCCGCUACACUUGCUCGUGCUAAGCCCGUUUCUGUCAGCUCUCCUUUUCCGCAUUUUGGUGGACAUAAUUCGAAUGCUUCGAGUUCAGGGACGAAGGGGAGACGUGCGCAGAGUGAAAUAGAUCCUAAACAUGACCAGCAGCUGGAGGGCCCACAGAAUUGUGACAAUGGAUGCUCUGAAUAUGAUGAAGUGGGGACGGAGUCUGCUGGUCAGCACGAGAGCGGAUACAGUAGUAUGAAUUCCCGCCACGCUGAAGACGGCAGUGUGUUUGGAACUGAGUCGGACUUUACACCUAUUGCUACAGCAUCGGAAAAUAACCUCUAUUUGCACACCCGGUCCAUCGAUUCCGAGGGAAUUUUCGAAAACAUAUCAGGAAACGAGCGACUUCGAUCAGCAAGCGGCCCACCUUACGAACAAACUUAUUUGAACCCGAUGGAGAACUGCCGCAUCGUCGAUGACAAACAACAUCGCGAUUUGCUGCCUCUUCACAGUCGUAGACAGUUUAGUAUUGCAGAGACAGGGCAGUUAGGUAAUGCUACGCGCAGUGGGUUUGUCGAGGUGCAAAGGGACGACGGAAAGGACCGUACGCAAGCUAUAGUCACGCAGAUAAGUCAGGUUCCUCUCGCCCAAGCUGUUUGA